AUGGUUAGGGGUGACAAUGCGAGGUUUCAUGUGCAUGUUAUUGAGGAUGCCGUCGACACUGACGUAAACAUGACAGACAUUGGAAUGUCUAAAAGCACUCCUCAACAUGGUUGGUUGGACAAGGCGACACACCCACAAGCCGUAAAUAAUGGAGGAAGAAAACUGAGGGUUGGUUACGAGCAAGAUGCUGCAGAGGUGAGGCGUCAACUGAAUGCAAAGUUGGCAAAAAUCGAUGGCCUAACGAUGGAUCACCGACACAAGACGGGUUACAAAAUUGCCAGUGACUCGAUUAAGGUGGAUCUCUUCAUGAGCUUGCCAGAAUAUGAGAGACUAACAUGA